AUGUUUUGUUAUAUUACUGGUGACUCGGAAGGGAAAGGGGUUCAAGAAUCUAUGCCAAGGGAAAAUUUGUUAGAUGAUUAUCUUAGAAAAGAGUUCAGCAGUGAUGUUGAGUCUACCAUUGCUGCGGUUCGAGCUCUCUCGGCUACUACCGUCUCUUCUGGUCAAGCAGAUCUCACCAAUUUGUUCCGCUUAGCAGCUCAUGAAGCCAAGAAAUCUCAUUCCCAGAACCGCAUUUUAAGAGUGAUCAUCGAUUCAACCCCAUCAUCAAUUCAACCCCAUCAUCAAUGGCCUGUAAACCAGAAGCUCUUCACUUUGGAUGUAAUGUACCUCCAUGACAAGCCUGGACCGGAUAAUUGUCCCCAGGCAGUCUAUGAUGCACUCGUCGAUGUGCUUGAACAUGUUAGUGAGUACGAAGGAUACAUCCAUGAGAGUGGGCAUGGGUUACCACGUACCUUCUUCCGUUUCAUGUCUAUGUUGUUGUGUAACCCUCAACAACGUUGUCCUCAAGAUGACACUGAUAUUCCCAAACCUCUUAUGAAGAAGUCAGCUGAACCUGCAAAUGGUGAAGAUAAAGUUCAUGUAUCCGCCAGCCGGUGAGAACAUCGAUAACCUGAUAUUCAUGUGGCAUCCAGCCCUUGGGUAAUUUUAUCAGUAUGAUUUCUGCAUGUGAGCUGAAAUUACAAUACAUGAACAAGAUAACGUAUUUAAUCUUCUGCCAACUUUCUGUAAAUAUCUAACCUUUUUCUCCGUGUUUGUCAAACUGUUCCAUUCUAGAUAAGAUGCAUUAUCUUCUUCAUUAA